CUAAAAAACUGACUCGCGCAAAUCACUUCAGACUUGGUUCUUAAAGCGAACACGUCGAUAGCAAAAUACCAGCACCAGAAAAAGAGCAAACACCAAAAUCUCAAUAAAAUCUGCAUUUCAACAAUUCAUUUCUUCAAAAAAAGAAAACACUAAAAUACUUUAAUUUGUGAAAAAGAGAUGCUCUUCUUGUGAAAACCAAGUGGGGUAAAAUAUGUGAAAUAGUCAAAAAAUACACGAUCUGUUUUACUGAUUUACUAAAAGAAACAAACACUCAAAAAACUAUAUACAUUCUCUGUGGAAAAAAAGCUUAAUUAAUUUAAUUAAAAAAUGGCAAAUGUGGGUCGUGAAAAGUGCGGAAGGAGCCGGAUUCGUGAGAUGAUUUUGGUCAUGUUUCUGGUAUUGCUCACUGCGGAAGAGUCGCAGGCAUCCCCGUUCAAUCCCUCCUUCAUGGAGGGUGUCCAGUCGGAGGUGGUGAAUCCCUUCAACAGGACCAUCCUCAAUCGCUUCAACCUGACCGAGGAGCAGAUCCAGCGCAUCCAGAACCGAAGCAAUCCCAAUAUGAGGGACGAGGCCUCCCAGUCAUCCAAUCAGCUGUAUCUUCAGCAAGUCGCCACCCAAAGAUUAAAUGAGAUUAUCAAGCGUGUCCAGAAGGCCAUCACAAAUGACCCGAAUAGCAGCACCACCAAGGAGAAGGCUGGCUUUCCUAUCUGCAAUGCAGAGACCACAAUUCCGGGGGAUUGGCAACUGGGCACCAAUGUCACCCUGAAGUUCGCCAACAGUGUGUUUGUUCACAAUGAUGACCGUCUUACCAGCGCUGUUCUUCGCCUCUACAAGACCCAUCCUGGCCACAAUCCUGGUCAGGUCCCAGUCCCGACAGAGCCAACUGAAAGGACUUCCUCUCAAUGCCCAGAUCAUCCUCAAGCGGGUCCACAAAUUCGAGUCACGGUCUCCAUUGUCCAUCAGCAGAAGAAGAACCGUAAAUUAGAACGCAAGAAGCGCACAUGCAACACCACCAUGUUGAGUAGCGCCAUGACCGGCUGGGUAGAGAUCGAUGUCAAGUGUGCCCUCGCCUACUGGGAGCAGCAGAUGCGUCAGGAGGAGCAGCAACAGCAACGCCACUCGCAACAACAGCAGCAACUGGCAGCCAGUGUGGUGGGCAUGCUGAUGAUUGAGGUGCACGAUGACGAGGAGAAUCCUUUGAGGCCAGGACUCUACUUUGCGCCACCCACGUGCGAUCAGGCAGAGAUUGCAGUCCCUUGGAGCGCAUACAGAACAGAAUCGCUUAAGUCUGAUCUGGAGAGUUGGACAGUGCCAAGAAACCCAAGGCUAGACGUCUUCUUCAAUACCAACCCAUCAUUCAACAACGGCGUCAAAACCAUUUACAUUUCACCGAAAAUCAAAUCUUACGUUGGCAUGGAAUCGACCACAUCCGGAUCCCCUGCAAUCGACAACCAGCUGGACGGAGCCGGUGAGAAGGAGAGCCAGGAGCGGGAACACCGACGACACCAUCUGUCGGAGUCAAACUCUGGCUCGGAUUCGGAAUCGAGUCAAGUGGAGACCGGGAUCGGGGCUGAGGAGCUUUUUUCCUCGGCGAGCAACAGCGAACAAAUGGAACCGAUCUCCAACCACCACCGGCAUCGUUCCGGCCAACACCACCAUCACCAUCACCACCACCAUCAUCCACACCAGCUCCACCACUAUCAGCGCCACCACCACAAGCACCACAAGAUGACCCACAAGCCGGAGUAGAAUCUUGCUCCAAGGCUUUCUUAUAAACACACAUUCAUAAAAGAAACACACACACACAUUUCUCACCCUCACUCAUGCUGGUCUUAAAAUUAAUUUUUGUUUUUAUUUGUAACAUUAGGGCCAGUUGACUUAAUUAGUUUUUAGUUAAUCGGUUUCUUUUACCGCUUAACCUUAUUUAUAAAAUUCGUUCGUAAGCUAAGCAAAAUUUCUGUCGAAAUUUGUCGUUUAAUUUUAAAAACUUUCGUAUAUUAGAAGCCUGUGAUUUAGAUGUGGUUGAAUUUGCAAUUCUUUUUGUUUUUUUAUCAUUUAUUUUACAAAAUUAUUGAAAACCAGAAACCAGAAAUAAUUGCAAAGCUAUAAGAAAAUAUUUUAUACGAAUUUAAACAAUGCAUAAUAAGAAUGAGUACCAAGUGGCCUUAGGCCCAGAUGGUAAAUCAAAUAUUAAUCAAUGCCUUAUCGAAACAUUACAAUCCCAGACUUCAGCACAAUCCACUCAAAAGCGAAAACCCCAAGGGCGAUCCAAAUCAAAGAUAUUUUUUCUUUUGGUUGCCUUUGCGAAAUGGUUAUCGUCCCGAAGUAGCUGAAAUAAAUUUACACUUUUGUUAUAUGAGUAAGUCAAUAGGUUAAAAGUGCCUUCCUGUUGGAAACAGAGCCCCGAAAGCAGCUCUGAAUCUCAAUCUUUUGUAAACCCUUUGUAACCCGAUAUUAGUGUUUUGUUUUAAGAUUUUAUAAGAACCAUUGAAGUAACAUAAUUUCAUUAAGUCUAACAGCUAUCGAUGCGUAAUAAUCCACCUCCAUACCAUCCACACUAAGUGCAUUUGUAAAUCGAUUGCAAAUAUAAGUUCAACAUAAAGCAUAUAUACAAUAUAAAUAAAAGCAAGUCGCAAACGUGUAUAGUUGCGAGUUAAUUAAGAAUUAA